CGGCGAACGCGACGAACGCUCGACGAGCGCGCGCGUUAUACGAUGCGCGGGACGAACGCGUGCGCGACGACGAUGCGCGGACGAACGACGACGACGACGACGACGACGACGGGACUCGCGGGACGGCGCGGAAAGACGGCGCGAACGGCGCGGACGGCGCGAGGGGCGGCGCGAGGGACGAACGAAUGGACGAGAAAGGUGGUGGUGCGCGCGGGAUCGAGCGGGGAGGGCGCGGAUGGGGUGGCGCGCGCGCCGAGACCGGCGUACGUGCCGGGGGUUAUCUCGGACCCGAAGUACGUGCGCGUGUUCGACACGACGCUGCGGGACGGGGAACAGUCCCCGGGGGCGACGCUGACGAGCAAGGAGAAGCUUGACAUCGCGACGUCGUUGGCCAGGCUCGGGGUGGACAUCAUCGAGGCUGGAUUUCCGAUCGCGAGCCCGGACGAUUUGGAGGCGGUGCGCGGCAUCGCGAAAAAGGUCGGCAACGAAGUGUACGAGGACGGGUACGUGCCGGUGAUUUGUGGGCUUUCGAGAGCGAAUAAGAAGGACAUCGACGCGGCGUGGGAAGGCGUGCGUCACGCGCUGCGACCGAGAAUUCACACGUUCAUCGCGACGAGUCCUAUUCACAUGGAGAGUAAAUUGCGAAAAACCCCGGAUGAAGUCGUGGCCAUCGCCGUGGAAGCCGUCAAGUAUGCGCGUUCGCUCGGGUGCGACGACGUCGAGUUUUCUCCGGAAGACGCCGGAAGAUCCGAUCCCGAGUUCUUGUAUCGCAUUUUGAGCGCCGUCGUCGAGGCGGGCGCGACGACUUUGAACAUUCCGGACACGGUCGGGAUUUGCCUGCCGGAUGAAUUCGGACAACUCAUCGCGGGCAUCAAGGCGAACGUGAAGGGCAUCGAGGGUGCGGUUAUUUCGACGCACUGCCAAAAUGAUUUAGGUUUGUCCACGGCAAACUCAUUGGCGGGUGUCGCGAACGGCGCGCGCCAGGUGGAGUGCACCAUCAACGGCAUCGGCGAACGCGCGGGUAACGCGUCGUUGGAAGAAGUCGCCAUGUCCAUUUUCAUGCGCGGCCAAUCACGCCUCGCGGGCGCGUACACUGGAAUUAAUCCGGUUUAUAUCUAUCCCACUUCCCAGAUGGUGAAAAACUACAGCGGUAUGGCGAUCCAACCGCACAAGGCCAUCGUCGGCGCGAAUGCCUUUGCGCACGAGUCCGGCAUCCACCAAGACGGCAUGUUGAAGAACAAGCUCACCUACGAAAUCAUCGCCCCGGAGCAAAUCGGGUACUUCAGAGGCGAAAACGACGUCGGUGUCGUCAUGGGGAAGCACUCUGGUCGCCAUGCGUUGUCUUCCAAGUUGAAGCAGCUCGGCGUGCCGAUGGAAGGAGAUGCGCUCGACGAAGUCUUCAAUCGCUUCAAACUCGUCGCGGAGACGAAGCUCGGUGGGGUCAACGAUGAUGAGUUGCUGGCUAUUGUGCGUGACGGCGAAUCGGUGCAAGACCCGGCGUGGAGUUUGGAAACCGUGCAAGUCGUGUGUGGUACCACCGGUUUGCCCACGGCGACGGUGAAGAUGCUGGCCAAGGAUGGUACGGUGCACAUCUCCGCCGUCGUCGGUACCGGCCCGGUUGAUGCCGCGUUCAAGGCGAUCGACGCUCUCGUUGGAUUAGAUGUCGUGUUGACGGAGUACAGAGUCACCGCGGUUACCAAGGGCAUCAACUCGCUGGCGGAGACGACCAUCACGGUGAAGCCGCGAGAAGGCGCGGAGCAAAAGCUCGGCGCCGACGUCUUCAAGACCAACUUGCAAACCGGCGAAACCGCCGUUCGUUCGUUCACGGCUACCGGUGCAGACACCGAUAUUGUUGUGUCUUCUGCCCGCGCCUACGUCAUCGCCCUCAACCGCAUGACUGAAUACGUUACCAAGGCCUACGUGGUCGAGGCCGUGGCGUCAAGAUGAGAAGCGCGCGGCGCGCGCGGCCGACAACUAGCCAGUCAUACGCACACCUAGAAAGCAUUAUUGAAUAC